GCUUCCUUCCAGCUUGCAGCAAGUGUUGCAGCCAACCCCAGGGACGAUGCGGCCUGCAGUUUCCAUCGCUCUGGCCCUUGUGGCUCUGCUGGUCCUGGCAGACUCUGCCCGGUCGGAGCCAGGGGAGCCGACCCUGAUGCAAAAGCUGGAGCAGUUCAAGGAGAAUGUGAAGGUCUUCGCUGACAACAUUGGGGAGAAGACCAAGGCAGCCUUGCAGGAGCUGCAUGACAGCGAGUUCAGCACCAAGACCCGGAACUGGUUCUCUGAGCACUUCAAGAAGGUGAAGGAGAAGCUCAAGGACACGUUUGCCUAGGACUGGCCUGAUUCAGUGGGGGAAUGGGGGUCUCCAGGCAGCCCCCAGCCAUGCCCAGUAUCUCACUGGUGGCCUUGUUCCUGCCGCCCUUGCUGUGUAGCCAUGAAUUAAAGCACUGCUGCCUUCGUA